AUGUCCGAAAACACCCCGAUCGAUCAAUUAGCGGACGCCGCUGACCGUAUUUUCUCGCAACUGGAUCAUCGGACAACGCCAGUACACAGUGCUGAAGCGACUGGGGACCACAGAAAGCCAUGGUCGAAGCCGGUUCCCCUCCCGCCGGCGCUUCAGAAGUCGACCUCGCUCGUCCAGUCGGAACAAGGAUGCCACUUCUACUAUGUGUUACUACCACCGACGAUUUGGGUCUGCAGCACACUACUGCACCAAGCCGUGUUCCUAUACUGCGGUCGCGGAAAACAAAACCGCCAGCGAGUGAAAGCGACUAAUCUCGCUGGCAAGGCAUUUUCACCAAAACUUAGUCGCCUUUUCUAUGUGACGGAUACACGUAAUAAUUUACGUUUUUUGGUUGACACCGGCGCUGCCAUUAGUGUCUUACCCGUGCGUGAUAAAGCACGUAAACAACCUUUCCAGCUCCGCCUACAAGCAGCAAAUGGUUCCAGUAUUAAUACUUACGGUACGAAGUCCCUUACCCUAAACAUAGGGAUGCGACGAGACUUUACCUGGAAUUUUACUGUUGCUGACGUCCAGAUGCCGAUAUUAGGUGCCGAUUUCCUGGCGCACUAUGAUCUAGCCGUUCGAAUGAACAAUCAUUCCCUAACAGACAACUUAACAAGACUGUGUGUUCUUGGCACUUAUUCUAAACUUACCACCACUGGCAUCACCGUGGCAACGUGCCACAAUAAAGAGUACUUAGACUUAUUGAAUCAGUACCAGGACCUCCUGCGUCCUGCUGGAUCUAUUGAUUCAACUAAACAUCAAACACAGCACUUUAUUAAGACCACUGGUCAACCUGUUUUUUCCCGUCCUCGUCGUCUAGCACCUAACAAAUUAAAAUUCGCAAAGAAAGCUUUCGACGACAUGCUACGAGAGGGUGUUAUUCGUCCGUCCGACAGUCCCUACGCUUCCCCUCUUCAUUUGGACUUACGCCUUAAAAUGGCAAACUUAUGCUAUACACCACCGCGGCACUGCCCGAGUGAUAUCUAUUUACCGCACCAGCUCAAGGACUGCGAGUUUGUAUUUGUACGUAACGACUCUGUUAAGCGGCCUCUUACGCCGGCCUACACAGGCCCAUACCGCGUUCUUAAACGCGCGGACAAAUAUUUCCAAAUACAAAAAGGUAUUCACACCGACAACGUUUCAAUAGAUCGGUUGAAACCUGCCUUUAUAGAGAAACCGUCGUCUCAUACUACUUCCCAAUCAACUCCGCAAGUUCAGGAGAAUUUCAAGACACCUGUUUCUCUCGACAAACCUAAGAAGACUCCUGGUGAGGAUGGUAUACCUGCAGAAGUAUAUAAAGCCGUAUCAGAUGUAUUCGCCUCGUGGAUGCAUCGUGUCUUUAAUGCGGUCUGGCUCUCCGAGACCUACCCUGCCGAUUGGAGCGAGGCCAUCCUGAUACCUUUCUUCAAAAAGGGUGAUAGGAAACUCUGCUCGAAUUACAGAGGAAUUAGCCUCAUCGACGUGACAGCCAAAGUAUUUGCAGUGCUUCUCCUGCGAAGAUUUCAGGGCAUCCGUGAUCUGCGAACUCGUCCGUCUCAGGGUGGCUUCUGCCCGGGCAGAGGUUGUGUUGACCAGAUCUCCAGCCUGCGGCGCACCCUCGAACAACGCUGGGCAUUCCAACAACCAACAGUCCUCUGCUUCGUCGACUAUGCGGCUGCUUUCGACUCCGUUGAUAAAGGCUCACUCUAG